AUGGCCUCCGUUACUGCUUCGCAACCCAAGCCGGCAUUCCCCCGACUUUCUUCAAUUCCCUGUGGUGAUCACUUCCACUCACGCGAGUCCUCUCCCUCGCCCUGCAGCACCCCCGAUGGGUCUAGGUCCAGCAGCCAGCGUCGCCCCUCAUUCGGUUCAAUCAAAGAAGAUACAGAGGACGGAAUUGCGCAAUCAUUCGUGGACACCCAGCAAGCCCCAUCUCCCCAAGAGCCAGAUCAAGAGCGCAGGGUCGAGCGCCCCAGCCCGAUGCAACAGGCCCCGGACUUCUGCUGUCCUUGCGGUGGAUUCCUGGGGUGGAAGCAGAUUCGAUUGGGCGGGAAGAGUUUGAGCCGCAGUUACAGCGAUCUCCGUGGACUCGGAAAUCUACAAGCAAAGGGCUGGGCAUGGGAAGCCCAGGAACCCGAACCCAUGCAGCUUCUCCAACCCAAGGUCCCCGAGAUGGAGGUUUUGCAGACCCCUCCCGGUACAUCGCCUUUGGAGAAGCUGCCCCCGGGGUUCUUGGUAAGUCGCACCUGCCAUUAUUGUUUCUCAUGUGCUAACCUGGCGGUAGAUCAAAUCAUCUCUAACCUUGCCGUCGAUCUUCCACCGAAUGGCUACGCCCCCCGCAACGUGGAUUUGGUCUCAUGCCUGCUUACAUCCCACACGUUGCACGCGGCUACUUUGGGUGUCUUGUAUAGGAACAUGACUUUCCCGCACUCCAUCAUCUUCUCCAAGGCCCUUAAUCAUAUGUCGCAGUAUCCGGCGUUGGGGACAUUGGUGCGCCGUCUGGACUUCUCCCACUUCACCUCCGUCGGUCUGGGUCGCACUAAGCAGAUGAACGCCGAAAUCCAGAACCUCACCUCCAAGACCCUCUUGAAGUGCUUGGAACUUCUCCCCAACUUGAAGGAAUGCCUGCUGCAGGAACACCUGGAAGGCGAUAUCAGUGUGGAAAUCAUUCGGAAGCUCUUGAUGGGGCUGCCGAACUUGCGCGCCGUGGAUUUCUGCGGUUGCUCGACUCAAGCAUUCUCCGGGGGUUUCCAGGAGGCCUUGGUCGGUGGACCUGCGCUGCCCAUGACCAUGCCCAACCUGAAACGCCUCUCGCUCCACGAAUGCAGCGCUAUCCCCGCUCCCAUGUUCGACUACCUCCUCCCGCGAUUGGUCAAUUUGACGCACCUCGACCUUACCCACACUCAAGUCAACGAUUCAGCUCUCGUCGCCAUCCCCGAGACUGCCCGGAUCUCGCAUUUGAGCUUGUCCCGAUGCACGCGCCUCCGUCCGUGCGCCCUAGUUCAAUUCCUCACCACCCACCCGUCGGUCAAUGAGUCUCUCGUUUAUUUGAACCUGUUGACAGACCCGACGCGCUUCCGUCUUCUGGAAGAGACCGAUGUGUCAGCUCUGCUGCCUAAGCUUCCCGAUACCCUACGUUCCCUCAACCUCGGCGGAGCAAAGAUCACAUCGGAUCAUGUACCAUACUUGGUGCCCAUGACCAAGUACUUGGAGGAACUGGGUCUCAGCUCUGCGGAUCUCUCAGUCGCGGACGUGAACGCCUUCUUCGGUCGCUACCGCAACCCAGCCACGGGAGUCGAAAUCGAUGCCCCCAGCACUCUCUGCUAUCUCGAUCUUGCCAAGGUGCCGCAGAUGACCAUCGGAGCCAUCUUCAACACCAGCGCUUGUUCCUUGCUUUCGAACCAAAGCUACCCCUUGCAGGUCGUUGAGUUCAGUGACAAGAUCAUCACACCGCUGCGUGAGCGUGCCAAGACUCAGCGCGCAUCCGUUGGCUGGACUGUGCGAGACCUCGGCCGUCGUGGCUGGUACGUUCGCGAACCAUCCUCCAUGCCCAACGAACCCUCCGAUGAUGGCGCUCGCUAUUGGAAGAUGGGUGCGCGCUGGUGGGGUAUGCGCAAGAUCCCCAUGGCCGUCGGCGAGGUCGGCGGCCUCUACGGCCACUACAUGUUCAAAAAAUGA